CUUUCCUUUUUCCGAGCUGUUCGUGUGAACUCUCCCCUGUUGGAGCCGGGAGCGUUCGAGACGCAAAGGCUAUUUAAGGAAUUUAACCCAAAUAUGGAUAUCAGACCAAAUCAUACAAUUUAUAUCAAUAAUAUGAAUGACAAAAUUAAAAAAGAAGAAUUGAAAAGAUCUCUAUAUGCCCUGUUUUCUCAGUUUGGCCACGUGGUAGAUAUUGUGGCUUUAAAGACCAUGAAGAUGAGGGGGCAGGCCUUUGUUAUUUUUAAGGAAUUGGGCUCAUCUACGAAUGCUUUGAGACAGUUACAAGGAUUUCCAUUUUAUGGUAAACCAAUGCGAAUCCAGUAUGCAAAAACUGAUUCUGAUAUAAUAUCUAAAAUGCGUGGCACUUUUGCUGACAAAGAAAAGAAAAAGGAAAAGAAAAAAGCUAAAACUAUGGAACAGACUGCAACAACUGCAAACAAAAAGCCUGAUCAGGGAACACUUAAUUCAGCUAAUAUGCAAGGAAACUCAACACCAAAUCCUCAGGUUCCUGAUUAUCCUCCAAAUUAUAUUUUAUUCCUUAAUAACUUACCAGAAGAGACUAAUGAGAUGAUGUUAUCCAUGCUGUUUAAUCAGUUCCCUGGUUUCAAGGAAGUACGUUUGGUACCUGGGAGACAUGACAUUGCUUUUGUGGAAUUUGAAAAUGAUGGGCAAGCUGGAGCUGCCAAGGAUGCUUUACAAGGAUUUAAGAUCACACCAUCCCAUGCCAUGAAGAUCACCUAUGCCAAGAAAUAACAUUUGUUAUAGUCAUCUUUAAAGGACUUGGUAUUAUUUAUAGAGUUUGUUUUGAUAACGUCUGGUAGGGUAAUUUUAAUAGUUGGAGGUGGGGGGGGUAGAGAAAGUGAAAUUUUUGUAAAAGACUUAAAACAUUACUCAUUGUUUCUUUAGCACUGGUGAACUAUGAAAUGUGAAGGCCUUAAUUUUGUACAAUAAACUUUUAUUUGUAUUCUCUCUAUGUAAUACUUUGUUUAUUGGCUAUUGCCCUAUCAUCAAAUGUUUAUUGUAGUGUAGAACAUAUCUUAAGGUGUAUAAAACUCUAAUUGGAUCCUUUUCUAGUGUUAUUUUGGAGCAGCUAAUGAUACAGCAACAUUGACCCAUUUUAAUAAUAAAGGAGAAUUAGAUCACAGAAACUAA